CAAUGCCCAAGGAAACCCUGGUUUCCCCAUUCUCGUUUUUCUCACUUCUCUUCGUUCUUGCUUCGACAAGUACAAACUUCCUCAGCGUCGAAGCUCACUCGCAUCGACAUGCUUCGACUGCUGGUCAGUUGGUUCUUAAACAUCACAGGAAGCUCUUAACUCAGACAGAACAUGGAGUAAUCUCAGCUGCUUUUGUCAAUGAUGGAACAAAAGGCCCUUACCAUCUUCAGUUCAUUACCUUGGAGCCAAACUCCGUAUUUCUUCCGGUUGUGUUACAUGCAGACAUGGUUUUCUUCGUCCAUACAGGGAGCGGAACUUUGAGUUGGACGGAUGAUGAUGAUAUAAGGAAUGUGGACAUUCGGAAAGGAGAUGUAUAUAGGCUGCAUCAAGGGGCGGUUUUCUAUGUUCAAAGCAACUUAGAGGCUGAAAGACAUAAGCUUAGAAUUUAUGCAAUCUUCACUAACACAGAAGAUGACACAUAUGAGCCGUCGACUGGGGCUUACUCGAGCAUUACUGAUGUGGUUCUUGGCUUUGAUUCCAGAGUCCUUCAAGCAGCUUUUAAGGUACCCGAGGAUGUGAUAGAAGAAAUAAUGAGAUCAAGCAAAGCACCUGCUAUAAUUCAUGCAGUGCAAAAGGAGAAGAAGGUGUUGGGAGAAUGGCAAGAUGGACUGUUGAAAGCCUUUCUAGGGAGCAACAGGAGUGGUUUCUUCCGCUCUAUCAGUGGCAAGAACAAGAAGAAAACGAAAACAUACAAUGUUUUUGAAGCAGAUCCAGAUUUCGAGAACUGUAACGGGUGGAGUGUAACUGUAGACAAGAAAGACUUGCAUUUAUUGAAACAUUCCAACAUUGGGGUUUUCAUGGUGAACUUGACAAAGGGUUCGAUGAUGGCACCACAUUGGAAUCCAAGAGCUUCAGAGAUAGCAAUAGUGUUGCAGGGUCAAGGGAUGGUUCGGGUGGUUUGUUCUAGCAAUGUCAAUGAAUCUGAGUGCAGAAACAUGAGGUAUAGAGUGGAGGAAGGUGAUGUAAUCGCAGUACCGAGGUUCCAUCCAAUGGCUCAGAUGUCAUUCAACAAUGAUUCGUUUGUUUUCAUGGGGUUCAGCACAUCAACAAAGAGAAACCAUCCUCAAUUUCUAGCGGGAAAGAGGUCUUCUUUAGGGGUCGUAGAUAGAGAGAUAUUGGCUUUGUCAUUCAAUGUGUCCAACACAACAAUUGAUCACCUUCUAAAACCUCAGAAAGAAUCAGUGAUAUUAGAUUGUACAUCAUGUGCCGAGGAAGAGGAAAGAUUGAUGGAGGAGGAAAUUGAAAGGGAAAGAAAGGAAGAGGAAGAAGCCAAGAAGAAAAAGGAGGAAGAGGAGACUCGAAAGAGAAGGGAAGAGGAAGAAGAAGCCAGGAAGAAGGAGGAAGAGGAGGCUCGAAAGAGAAGGGAAGAGGAAGAAGAAGCCAGGAAGAAGGAGGAGGAAGAGGAGGCUCGAAAGAGAAGGGAAGAGGAAGAAGAAGCCAGGAAGGAGGAGGAAGAGGAGGCUCGAAAGAGAAGGGAAGAGGAAGAAGAAGCCAGGAGGAAAGAGAAGGAAGAGGAGGCUCGGAAGAGAAGGGAAGAGGCAGAAGAAGAAGAAGCCAGGAGGAAAGAGGAAGAGGAGGCUCGAAGGAGAAGGGAAGAGGAAGAAGAGGCUCGAAGGAGAAGGGAAGAGGAGGAAGAAGCCAGGAGGAAAGAGGAAGAAGAGGCUCGAAGGAGAAGGGAAGAGGAGGAAGAAGCCAGAAGGAAAGAGGAGGAAGAGGAGGCUCGAAGGAGAAGGGAAGAGGAGGAAGAAGCCAGAAGGGAAGAGAAAGAGGCUAAGGAAAGAGAAGAAGAGGGAGCUGAAAGAAGAAGGGAAGAGGAAGAAGCUGAGAGGAGAAGAGAAGAAGAAGCAAGGAGAGAGCAAAAGGAAGCCCGAAGACGGGAAGAAGAGCGGCAAAGGAGGGCAAGGGAAGAAGAAGAAGAAAGGAGGCGACAUGAAGAAGAGAAAGGUCAAGGCGAAGAAGAAGGUGAACCAAGUAGAGAGCAAGAGGAAGCCCGAAGACAGGAAGAAGAGCGGCAAAGGAGGGCAAGGGAAGAAGAAGAAGAAGAAGAAAGGAGGCGACAUGAAGAAGAGGAGGGUCAAGGCGAAGAAGAAGAAGAAGGUGAACCAAGUAGGGAGCAAGAGGAGGCCGAGAGACGAGAAAAGGAAAGACAUAGGAAAGCAGAGCAAGAAGGUAUUGGCAAGGGCCGAGGCCGAAGAAUUAAGAAAGUGUGGGAGACUUAAUUUUAAUGCAUCCCCGGAUAGAUUUUCCAGUCCUUGCUUUUGUUUACAGCAGUAGUGAAUAAGAAAAACUGUCCAAUGAUCCAACCUAUGUUCUAGUUAAUCGGACUCCAUGUUAAGUGGUGUAGAAAAGCUUUCUGAAUCUAUGUUUUCUGGAUCUUGAUCUUAAAUAAGCUCUUCUUUCCUUUUCUUUCA